AUGAGUACAACUCAGCGGAGCGAGAGCAUAAAUGAAUUUUUUGACGGCUAUGUUCAUGCGAAGACAAACUUGAAAGAGUUUGUCGAUCAAUAUGAUAAUGCCUUGAAAAAGAAAAUUGAGAACGAAAAUGUAGCGGAUUUCCACUCAUUUAAUGUCACUAUUCCCUGCAUCUUAAGAUCUUCCAUUGAAAAGAGAUAUCAAGAUUUAUACACGAAUGAAAAGUUUAGGGAACUUCAGCAACAACUUGCCCGCGUUAUUGACUUGGACCCAGUUUUACUGAAGGUGGAUGGUACUAUAAAGACCUAUGGUGUGAAGGAUGAAGUUUGUCUCGAAGAGUUCACUAAAUUGGUUACACAUUCAAUGGUCUUUAGUCAGGAAGAUACAGCUGCCAAGUGUUCUUGGGGGUUGUUUGAAAUGAGGGGGAUAGUGUGCAGACACAUCUUCGCUGUGUUCAAAUAUAACGGGAUUAAAUCAUUGCCUGAUAGGUACAUUUUGGAUUGGUGGAGGAAGGACAUCAAAAGAAGAUACAUGUUAAUCCACAGCAGCUACGACACAGUACAACAAUGGGAGGAUUCUAUAGCUUAUUCAAGUCUUUUGAACAUAUGUUAUAAGAUGAUUACUCAUGCUACGGGUUCGAGAGAACAUACUUUGGAUGCAACUAAUAAGUUGCAUGCAAUGAUUGAGCUGUAUUCUGGCAAUCAAGAUCCCCCAUGUUGUCCCAAUGUUGAUGGUACGACAAAUGUUUUAAUGUUGAUGGCUGCUCGAGAAUCUAUACCAGCUCCUGACAUUACUGAAGCCCAGCCCCAAGAAACAUUUGUGCAAAGUCAAGAAAGUAUGCUUGUUGGGUUGGAUAGAUCACAACCGCUUUCGACUGUAUUAGAUGGUUCACAACCAUCCAAAAUGCAAUGA